CAACAUUUGACGGUUAUGAAUGGCAUGGAAGAAGAUUAGAAGUUAGAGAGGAUCGUAGUGCAAUGGACUUUCCUCCACCUCCUCCAAGAACUGAGGGAGCAAAUACUAUAAAUCAGUCGGAGGCAUUAUAUCCAUUUUCUUUACAUAUAAGUGGAUCAUCUGUAACUUCAAAUGAGAUCAAUGGAACCACGUCAUCAACACAAACGUCGUCUUCUCCAGUAGAUUAUCCUAAUGAAAAUAUUACUUUGAAUGGUAUAUCUAAUAAUAUUAAUAACGGUACCACGUAUACUGACGAAUCUACGAUCAACAAUACGACUACUGGAACAAAUGGGUUGAAUAAUUCAAACACGAAUUUACAAAGGCAACAACUUUUUGUUGGCAACUUACCGUUUCGUGUACGAUGGCAAGAUUUGAAGGACCUAUUUCGAAAGGCGGGGACAGUGUUACGUGCAGAUGUGGCAAUGGGUUAUGACAAUCGAUCUAAAGGCCAUGGAACAGUUUUAUUCGGAAGUUUGGAAGACGCAAAAAAUGCAAUCGCAAUAUUUAAUCAUUACAAUUGGCAAGGCCGUAGCCUUGAACAAGCUUCUCAGGAGACUCGCCGGACUGUUGAUCCAGUACCAACACAUAACCAUACACAAGCUCCUUAUGUACCAAAUGCACCGAUGGAUAUUUUACAGCCUACUAGAGGAAUCCAAGUACCGCAACAAAACUUUGCUGGGAGAUUACUUUUUGUCGGCAAUUUGCCUUUUAAUUGUCAAUGGCAAGAUUUAAAAGAUCUCUUUCGAAACGCUGGGAAUAUUAUUCGGGCUGAUGUUUCAACAAAUUAUGAUGGGCGAAGUCGAGGUUUUGGAACUGUGUUGUUUGCAACACCUGAGGAUGCUAGAAAUGCUGUUG